AUGGUGACGACGGGGUACGUCGCUGACAAGCUGGGACGGCGCGGCCCCUUCUGCUUCGUUGUCGGCUGCCUCCUCACCUUCUGCUACGCGGUGCAUAAUGUCUCGUCCGCGAACGAUAAGCUGCGCAUGGCCGCCUUCGUCCUGACGGGCUGCUAUGGAUGCUACACGCCGCUGCUGGCGGGGUGGCUGAAUUCCGUCUGCGGCGGGGAUAAGCAUCUGCGGGCCUUCUCCAUGGCGUUCAUGGUUAGUGUGGGUAUGGCGGUUGUCAUUCCCCGGCAGCAGAUUCGGAUGCCGAGUGGGCAGGCGCCGGAUUUUCAGAAGACGCAUGGAUGGAUCGGGGCGUUGAUGUUUGUCAUUGCGUUGGCUCUGUGGACUGGGUUUGAAAUUGAUUUUAUGCAGAGGGUUUGUGAGUCGAGGGGGCUGAAGUGGAGGAGAGAAUCUUCUGAAGAAGAGAAGUCCGGUCAAGAGGAGGUUUAA